CAGAAACCGUUUACUCCAAACAACUCUAUUUUAUUAUUAAACUGAAGUUGUUGUUCAGUCCUGUCUCUCCUAAAAAAAUAAGCAACUGGAAGAAGUUGGAAGGAACCCUGCGGACUUCACAUGGAAGAAUCUAUCAUUUAUGCGCCGCUUGUGCCAAAAACUUCGGACUAUUCAGAUUGGAAAAGCAACGUGUGGAAACCAUACACAUAAAAUGACUAGCUAUAAACUUCCUUUUAAGAACCCACUUUGAAGAGCGUUUUGAGUAAAUGGUUUAUUUUGCUAAACUUUUGCAACAGAAUUGGCGUAAUGAAUACACCCUUGUUACUUCAUCCGGAAACAUGGAGGCUGUCGUCUGUGAUGUUAUUUCACCAGAGGAUCUCUUGAAAUUUGAGAAGAAGUAUUCUACGGAGUUGGCUAAAGGGGAUUUGACCAAAGACACAAAGUUUGAGUAUGCCUGGUGUCUGAUCAGGAGCAAUUUCCCGGAUGACAUCAAUAAGGGCAUCGUUCUGCUGGAGCUGGUUCACAAGGGGACCAAGGAUGACCAGAGGGACUACUUGUUUUACCUGGCUAUUGGAAACUACAAACUGAAGGAGUAUGAGAGGGGCCUGAAAAGCAUCCGGAUCCUCCUGAAGAAUGAACCAGGGAACACGCAAGCUCUGGAUCUGGAGAAGCUCAUAGUGAAGGCCAUGAGGAAAGAUGGUUUGGUCGGCAUGGCGAUAGUUGGAGGGAUAGUUGGAGGAGUCGGCCUUGGCGUCGCUGGAUUGGCUGCACUCAUUGGGAUGGCUGCAUCAAAGAAGCUCUAAACUAUUUGGACAACCCUACCGCCAAACCCCUCCAGAUACCCAGAAUGCCUCAAUAUAACACUGGCUGAAUUGAGUAUAACACUCUCCUACCUACCCAUCUUUUAUUUCAAUAAAUAUAACAAUUUCCAAACAAAUUAAAAGUGAAACUAUAUUUUGUAAAAGGUAACAUUAAAGUAAAAUGUUGGGACACAACUGUUUUUGUUACUGUACUGAAAGAAUGUUAUCUUAACACUAUAUUAAUGAACAGAAGUUUAGCAAAUUUAUUGAUUACUAUUUGAGUUAUUGUAAGACAAGCCACCAUUGCUCUAUGCUGAAAUCUAAUAAAUUCAGAUUAAACCAUUUUA